AUGUCUCGCUUCUGGUGUCUAUUCCUCUCCGCCUCGGUGUUCACCCUCACCCAACUCGCCGGCGCCUCAAUCUCCAACCCGCACCAACUCGUCAUCGUCUCCGCAUUCACCGGAAUCGCCUACGGCUUCCUCUUCGGCGUUUUCCCUUCGUUGACAGCCCAUACCUUUGGCAUAAACGGCCUUUCCCAGAACUUCGGUGUCAUGACCCUAGCACCGGUCUUUAGCGGGAACAUAUUCAACCUGCUCUACGGAAGCAUCUACGACCACCACUCCAUCGUCGACCGUAAUGGAGACCGCGACUGCCCCGAUGGACUCGCGUGCUACCAGGGCGCAUACUACAUGACUUUCUUCUCGGGCGUUGGCGGGAUACUCGUCUGCCUGUGGAGUAUCUGGCGUGAUAGACGGCAGCACGGUCAACUCCACGCGAAAGUCGAGCAUGACCGACUCGCCUGA